AUGAUAAACAGUAGUUUUCCACUUUAUUUCAACCUGACUGUGUUUGUACACAUGGGCAGUUAUCGCUACCUGACAUUUAUCUUGUGCUUCCUGUUGUAUGCUACUAUAAUAUCAGCUAAUCUUGUCAUAAUAGUGGUAAUAGUGAGAGAGAAAUCAUUACAUGAGACAAUGUAUAUUUUUAUUCUGUGCCUUUCUAUCAACUCUCUGUAUGGCUGCUCUGGCUUCUUCCUGAGAUUCUUGCAAGACAUUUUAUCUGACACUCAUUUGAUCUUACGCUCAGCCUGCUUAACUCAGAUUUAUGUCAUAUACACGUAUGCCUCAUAUGAGCUUACCAUUUUAAGUGUUAUGGCAUAUGAUCGAUAUGUUGCUGUGUGUCAGCCUUUGCAUUACCACAACAAAAUGACCUCCAAGGCCAUGUCUGCACUAGUUGUGUUAGCUUGGUUCUAUCCUAGUUUUUCUGUUUCAACCUGUGUUUAUCUAACCUCCACACUGCCGUUGUAUAGCAAUAAGAUACCAAAGGUAUUCUGUGCCAACUGGCCAGUUGUAAAGCUGUCAUGUGUUCCAACUGUGAUCAAUAACCUUGUUGGUAUGUUGGUUUCCAUGAUUACAGUCUUUCUUCCCCUUGUUUUUGUCUUGUAUACUUAUGUAAGGAUUUUCCUGGUUUGCAGAAAAUGCUCUCCAGAGUUCAAAGGCAAAGUCAUACAAAGCUGUCUUCCACACAUUAUUACAUUUGUUAAUUAUGUACCUCCGGAAAAUACGGUAAUCACUGUCUUUUGUGAUGUUGUCCUCAGUCGUUUUGACGUUGAACAGUUAAAUCUUUUUCUGGCUGUCACAUUAUCACUUGAGUUUGUUGUGAUUCCUCCCAUUCUGAAUCCUCUUGUAUAUGGCCUGAAGUUACCAGAAAUUAGAAAACCUAUCUUCAGAAUGUUAUCAUACUAG